UACUUCAAAUCAAUGCUAAACCCACAAACAACUGAUAUCCAGUUCAAUGGCUCCGUCGGUGCCGUCGCCAUCUCCCUCGGGCUUCCAGCCCUCCUCACGGUAUUUGGUAUUGUCCUCAACUCCCAGUCCCCCUUCAAAUCAGGAAUCCCCUUCCCCUUCGACUGGUCGUUCGAUCGUAUCGCCAACGCUGCGUUUGACAAAAACACCUGGAUUGCCUACACAACCUACUUUUUCGGGUUUGUGGUUCUAGACCAAUUGGUCCCUGGCAAGUACAUAAAAGGGGUCGUGUUGAGAGACAAGACCCAGUUGACCUACAAGAUCAAUGGCCUCAAUUUCAUUCUUGUCAUCGUGACAGUUUUGCUUGCACGGCUUUAUGCUCUAGGAAGUUUGCCCGAACUCGAGUUUAUCUAUGAGCAUCAACUUGAAUUGACGUUGACGUGCUGCUUGUUUUCGUUUGCUUUGGCGGUGUUUGUGUAUAUCUACUCGUUUUUUCCGUUGAAAACGCCCAAUGGCUUGGGCACCAACGACAGAAUUCUUGCUGAACCUGGAAACUCGGGAAGGGUGGUGUAUGAUUGGUUCAUCGGCAGGGAAUUGAACCCACGUAUAGGUAGCUGGGACAUCAAGUUAUUUUGUGAAUUGAAGCCGGGAUUGGUGUUGUGGCUCCUCAUAAAUGUGUCUUGUUUGUACAGCCAGUAUUUGCAGCAUGGCACCAUUUCAGACUCGAUGCUCUUAAUCAACUUUUUGCAGGGAUUCUACAUUUUUGACGGGAUUUUGAAUGAGGAAGGUUUGUUGACAAUGAUGGACGUUGUGACCGAUGGGUUUGGUAAUAUGUUGGCAUUUGGUGAUUUGGCGUUGGUGCCAUGGGCAUACUCGCUCCAAGCUAGAUAUUUAUCUUUGAAUUAUAUCGAUUUGGGAUGGCCGUACUGUGCUGCCACCGUGGCCAUCGCAGCGUUGGGAUACUACGUGUUCCACUCGGCCAACCAGCAAAAGUCAGACUUUAAACAAGGAAAAUUGGCUCAUUUGAAGUCCAUGAAAACCGUCACCGGGUCCAAUUUGCUCGUCGAUGGGUGGUGGAAACUCAGCCAGCACAUAAAUUACUUGGGAGACUGGCUCAUUGGGCUCUCGUGGUGCUUGGCUACGGGGUUCAACACGCCGUUGACGUACUUUUAUGCGGUGUAUUUUGCAUCUCUCUUGGUUCACCGGCAAGUACGAGACGACGAAAAGUGUGCCAGCAAGUACAAACAGAGCUGGGAUGAGUAUAAGGCCAGAGUCCCCUACAAGAUCAUUCCAUACCUCUACUAGGCAGUCACAGUAUGUAACCAAAAAGUAUAUUAUCUAUUCAUUCUUCUUUUCAAAAUCAAUUUGCUUCUCAAAAGACUGGUAGGUGAUUUCGAUGGAGCUGAUCCAGCUCAACGCCGUGCUUAACACAAACAACAAUAUGAACGACACGAUCAAGCACAGGAAGAUACCGGGCGAGAAAAACUGGUAGUUGUUGAACAACCCCUUGGUUUUCUUGCUUUGGCUACUGCCACUGUCACCAUCGAAAAUCAGAACUGGCAUGUCAUUUUCCGCCGCCAUCGACUCGGCCGCCUUCAAGUCCUCUGCCACCUCAUCAUAGAUGUCUCUCUUUUGAAACAGCGGGAUCUGUUGCACCAACACCAAAUGGUUGUCAGAGAAUUCAAUGUCCUCAAACCUAUCGAUGGUCUCAACCGUUCCAGACAAUCCACACAAGCCAGAAAAACGGUCCAAGUCGUCCAUCAGAUCGUACUGAACGUGUUUGAUGAAGUUGGCGGCCGGAGCAGUGGAGAGGUCCUUCACCCGGUAUACUUUCAACUUGUCGAUGGAGGAGGGAAGCGACGAGCACUGGCCGGAGAUUGCCGCCAUCAACUCGGUACUGUCGAUGAUAUACUUGGAAGGUAACUUCUGGUUGCAGUAGACGGACCCCGAGUCGAGGAACCCGCUAAUUGGGGCCACCAAGCCCACGAGUAUCGCCAAUUUACUGAAUAACAUCUGUAGGGUAUGCUCCUUUAUCGUCCAAAUUCAGUGCGACUUUUGUUCCUCAAGUAUCCAACAUGGCCGACGUACCACAAGCAGUCAUCAAUAAGUUGGUGUUUUUCACAGCAGCAAUGAUUAUUUUCCCGUUGUCGUCCUUCUUUGUGCUCCAGUACUUGUUCGACAACACCCUCGUCAGUGGCGGGUUGGCGGCGUUGGCCGCUAACGUGGUGUUGAUUGGGUUUAUUGUGGUGGCCUUUAAGGAAAAGAUUCCUGAGCUCGAGAAGAAGAAGGACGAGUGAUGUAUAGUAAUAAACACGCACAACCCCCAA